GACUAUUGACAUGUGACUACGAAUAAGAAUGAUAUAAACAAAUUUGGUGAAAGUAAUUAUUGUCGUAGUUUGAUGCAAUCGGAGUCAUUUCUUUAAAAAAGCAACAAAAUAGUGAUAAUGAAUAAAAUGGAUAUAAAAUCAGAAAUAAAUUUAGAGGAAAAGUCUAUAGUUGCUGUAAGUAACACAGAAGAGGAACCUCUGGGUUCGUUAACACUUUCAGAUGUACCUGAAUCAAAGGGACAACAAUUAAGAUCAAGUGCUAGAGUAUUUAAAAAAAUGAAAUUAGAUUCGACUGCACCAGUAGUUCCCGAAAAAACCGAAAAGAAAGAAGAAAAACCAGAAUCUAAGAAGUGCUUUAGACCUUUAUGGUCUUCUGAAGAUAAAAAUGUUUUUUUUGAAGCAUUGAACGAAUAUGGAAAGGAUUUUGAAAGUAUUCAGCUCUAUAUAAGCAAUAAAUUUAGAAAAAAGGGUGUACCAGACCAUUUCGCCAAAACUAAGGAUCAAAUUAGACAUUUGUACUACAGAACUUGGCAAAAAAUUUCAAAAUAUUUGAAAUUUUCUGAGGGAAUUAAAAAAGUAACUCAAGAGUUGUAUGGUCUGAUUAAUUAUGGAGAAUUAAGAAAAAAACUUGGUUCGGUCAAUGUGAAGUAUUUACUUAAACUUAAUAAAUUAAUUUACAAAGGAUCAAUUAUAUUAAGAGUGAAAGGAAAGUCUAUCAAAGUGAAGACUCCAUAUUGUAGAGCACUACGAAAAUUGAACCAAUUGGAUGAUAAAUAUGAAGAAAUAAGACUUCCAAAUAGAUUGACAGUAGAACUACGGCCUAAGGAUAUGGCAUCAUUCCUGAAAGUUCAAAGUGUUGCCCAGAAUCCAAGAUUGAAAACUUAUAUGCCUCUACAAAAAAGAUUGAGUUCCUUGAUAGAUUGCUUGAGUAAAAGAUGGAAGAGCGUGGAAGCAAAUGUUUAUGACAAAGCUUUAAUUUCUACAUCUAUUACUAUUAACUCUAUACCCACAGAGCAGGAAAUUCAAAUUAAUAAGGAACGGCUCAAUCCACUUUUAAGGAUUACGCCUCCUGUAGAUUGUAAGAUAGAAGUUCCCUCUAUAAGCCUUGGAGAAUAUUUUUCUCGUCAAAGUAUGUGUUUUAAUUCAUACGAAAACCGGUUGAUGUCAAACUACAAAGCAUAUCGUAAUUGUGAUAACUACAAAAUUAUUAACAAAACUACGAAAAAAGGUGGCAGAUCUAGAACAGAUAGUGCUAGUGAAAAAUUGCAAAAAAAUGGAGUUAACGUUGAGGAAGAUGUCUGUGAUAAUAUAGUGGCUGCUGAAAAUGAGACUAGCAAUGAGACCACUAAAGAUGCUAGCAAGGAAACUAGUAAAAAAUCGGAAUCGAGUGAACACAAUACAGAAGAAGUUAAAGUGCAGGAUGAUAAAACGGCGAUUGAUAAUGACAACACUGAAAAAUUAGAGAGACAGGAAAGAAUUGAAACGUUGAGAAGAGGUUGGACAAUAAAAAAUAGCGAAAGUAUAACUAUGGGAGAAAUCUAUUUAAUGUGUGGCAGUAAUUCAAAACUUGUUCUAGAAUACAGCUGGGAUCCAGAACCAAUACCAGAAUCUGAAUUAAAUAAUAAGCUGGAACCAGAUAUUUCCGAUACUCCGAAUUACGGUCAAAAUUUGGAUCUAAGUGAACCACUUCUAAAACUAUUAUCAGUCGCUAAACUUCAUUAUAGAAAAAAUAUCAUCAAGUGUCCUUGCGGUCACGUUUGUGGUACUAAGAAUAACGCUCAAUUAAAAAGAGACGUCGAAUCAAAGAUAAGGAAAAUUCUAACCGAUAUUGAUAAGUGUUCUGAAGAUACUGACGAGAAAGGGGCAAAUGGUGAACAUAUUUUCGAAAAUCCCCGAGAAUUUGUGAGGCCGACCCCUUACGUGCAACCUAAGUUGCCUGGUACUUCAUUCUACCAAGCUAAUGCUUCACAUUUUGUUUCCAAAAUUGACUCAAUACAAAGCCUUACACCAGGUUAUUACAAUAAGAAAGGUCGCCGUCCUCGAUCAAAACAAGUGGUAGUCGAAAGGAAACUACCAAUUCUUCCCAACAAUGUCGGAAGUGGUCAUCAGAUUGUCAGAAUGAAUAUAAUUUCAAAAGACAAUCCAAAACCACCUGAUCCAAAAAAAGUUGCUACGACCUCCAAUAUAUUCAAUUCCAACGAACAGCCGUCCACUUCAACGUCUAACACCGAUUUUUCAAAUAAAUCUGAAGAAAUAUCAGUGGAAAAUUUCAAUAAUUCUAGUAUAGACAUAAAACCCGUCAGUCCUACUAGAAUUUUAAAUGAAACCGAUCAAUGGAUAAAUUCUGAAGUGGAAGAUUAUUCAUUAAGCAGUUUACUAGGUCAUUUGGAAUCUCCUGUGAAGACUAGUACUAGUAUUAUAAUAAAUGAGGACUCUCGAAUGUUUCAAGAUGUUGAUGCACAAUUACAUUCAAUGUUGACCCAAAAUAGCGUGGACUUUUCUGCAAGUUUUGCCGAUUUAGCGGCUGAAGUAGCAAGAGAUACAAAAUGUGAACUGGGUUGAACACUUGUUUAAAUAGAGGAAGUAGUGAUUUAUAGAAAAGGAUCGAGUCAUAUUGAAUAGUGGACGUAAUUUUUUGUUGAUCGAGAAUAUUAGUACUUGUUGGAUUACUGAAUUAGGCUCCAACAAUCAAACAUAAAUCAUUCUUUUAUAUUAUAUCCUAUUUUAACUGUGGCAUUAAUGAAAAUAGACUUUCUCGUUUCUUAUUCAAAAUAAGUCAUUUAUAAUAGCUGCAGAAUUGGGAUUUUAAUCCAGAUGUUUUUCUUCUAAAGUAAGGGCUACCACAUUUUCAUUUUUCACAAGAGGCAUUGAUAAAUCGGGUGUCUCAAUAAGAAUGGCUCUCAGCCAUAUCUCGGGAAUUGUUUAUAGUAUUCGGGAAAAAAAAUUAUAACAAAAGUGACCUCGAGAAAAACCUAGAAAUUAUUUACAGAUUUGUAGGUCUACCGUCAGAGGGCGUAAUUAAAUACCAAAAAUUAUAAAAUGAAUGAUUUACAAAUUUUGCCUAAUUAAGAUGCAUUUAAACUAUGAUUAUCGUAUUCCUCAAGAAAUUCAGCGUAUAUUUGAUUUUACAAGUUUUAAUCUAUCUCUUCGAAUAAUAGGUGGGGGAAAGCGUGAAAUUUAUUAUGAAAAAACGCCUUUAAGUCCAGUGCUACUUAACCUAUCUAUGCAAACUUAGUCUUUUUGAAGAGAGCUCCUUUCUACCAAUGUAAUAGUUAUAAUUUUGAAACAACCUAAUGAGUAAUGUAUACGCUAGAGGGAGCUAUUUAUUUAUUUUUUUGAAAUCCUUGAAAAAUGUUGAAUGGAAACAUGCAGUUUUAAUUAAGGAAUAUAAAAGUAGACCAAACUAGCAACAGAAUAGCGAAAACCGCAUGUCGAUAUCUUUUUCGUACUACGAGAUAUCCUAAGAAAUGUGUAAAUUUUAAGCAUUUUCCUUUAAACAUAAAUUACUUCGGGUUGACUGAACGGGUUUUAACAUUUUUUGACUCAAAAUUGUCUUUCCUUGUUCUAUUAAUAAUAGUUCCAAUUAUUAUGUCAAUAUUACUUAUGCUGUCACCGGGAAACUGCAUUAUGGAAGUUAAAAUAGAAAUAUAUAAAAACAAGUAGUGGGCCAUGAAAAAAACCAAGCAAAAAGAUAUGUCUUGUGUCAAAUUAAUUUGACACAAGUAAUUUGUUCAUUUACGUGUCAUUGCGAUUUUUGUGCAUUAAAUACGAUAUAAAAUUUACUUAAAGGUUAUAUCUAAAAUGAUUCUUACAAACGAAGAAGAAAUUUAUGAUUUUUGGUAUUUAACUAUGCCCUCUGGUGGUAGACCGACAACUCUGUAUAUAAUUUCCAGGUUUUUCAAUUUUGUAACUUUUAUUAUAAAUUUUUUUUCCCGAAGCUGUACUAUAAACGGUUCCAGAGAUAUGGCCGAGAGCCAUUCUUAUUGGGACACCCGAUACAGUAAGGUAUAAAAAUUUUAAGUAACUGUUUGUUUUCAUAAUUGUUAGGAGUGCGCGAAUGCUUUGAAGAGGUACAGUGUUGUUUGUUGCGAAUUGGUACUAUCCGCUGCCCAAGAGAGUUUCAGAAAGUUUGAAGUUUUCUUUUUUUGCACAAAACAGUGCACAAUACUACAGUGUAAAUCAAUUGUCAUUACUGUUGAAGAGAUGGCUCUCGCGCGGCGUCGCCCUUCCGGGGCCUCGUGCACCUCAAGAAUACCAUAUAUGUUGAAUUGUUAUAUAUUUUUAGGUUAUGAAAAUAGCAACAAUAGAUUAAAUUUAACGUAUGUAACAAAAGUUUUCAGAAAAAAUUCGUUGCAUUGAAUUUAAUUCUGAGUAAAUCUAGUUGCCAUAGAAAACACAGAUUUUAUAAUGUUUCAAUUUUCAUACGUCAUUUUCGUUUUCAUCAAUUUUUAACUUAGUUAUGGCGUAUAAGUUAGAUAUCCGAAGAAGUAACUACAGUUUAGUUGGACGGUUGUCAACAACUGACAUUUUGAAUAAAUAUAGAGAGCAGACAAUUGUAAUUUCGACCAUUUAUAAAACAAUAAGUGAACAAGGACUACUGCCGAAUCAAAUAGAUUGGUGGUAUGUGCAAAAGACAAAUUAGGAAUACCAACUCGAAGGUUGGCUCGCCGAUUUCGGGUUUUCCACAUGACUAUCAAACGAGAACAAUAGAGAAAGGGUGUUAAACAUAGGAGAAGGAAAAAUGUCCAAAAUAUACUGAAGAUCAGUUAUGCAGAGUUUCAAUAUGCUGUGCAUAUAGAAGACGUCAUUUCACAGAGAAUAUAGUUUUGAUUAUGGAAGAGGAAAAAUAUUUAACCUUAUCACAUUCAGAUAUUGAAGACAACGAUGGAUUUUACACGGAUGAUGUAGCAAAUUGUCCUAAUGACGGGAAAUGUGAAUUUGUAGAUAAAGUUUUGAUCUGAUGUGCCAUAUCCGAAACAGGCAUUUCACGUCCUUGUGUCGGACAUGUGAGGGGCGAGGCGUUGGAUGCACAUAUUUAUACAGGAAGAUGUUAUAGUAUGUUAACCAUAUAAUUUCUCCAAGAUCAAUACACUUUUGCUUGAGUAUGAACCAAUUGUCGAAGCAUUUUUUUCAUUCCGAUUGAGGUACCUCCAAAACAUGCGAUUUGAACGCAUCAACCACUUCUUCAGAUGUAGAAUAAAUCAAGUGAGAGCUCGCAUUGUCGUAGUAGAAGAAUGAUUCGUCUUCUGCGAUUGAUUUUUCUGAUUUUUUGAAUACUUCUAGCAACUAAAUGUUGUUGCAUCGCGAUUAAUUUUUUCAGCAUUUGUUUGAGCGGUUAUCAAAUUAUGCGAUAUACAACUCGAACAAAUCUUUUUAAUAGCCAAAUGUUCCUCCAAUAUUGAAUGUAUGCGAGUGGAAUCAAUGUCCAAGUACACCUCAAUCUCACGGUAUGUCACAUGACGAUCUUGCAAUAUUAGUUAACGCUCCGCAUCGAUUUCUUCUGGCACAACAGCCAAUUUUGGACGACCUUCACGAAAUUCAUCCUGUAGUGGAGUGCGACCACGAUGGAAAUCGGAAAACGAGCCAAACACAUUGACUAGAGAAGGUGCUUCAUUACUAAAAUAGAAGCGAGUUGAUCGGCACACUGCUGUUGGUUUAAUCCACGGCGAAAGUCGUAGAACAUCAUUGCACGAAAAUGCUAUUCUAUUUUUUGACCAAGAUUAAUGGUAGUAAUAUCUGUAAACAAUUCAAAUAGCACUCGUAUAACACUUUCAGAGUACGUUCACCUUUAAAAAUGUCAAUCGUUAUGAUGGCACUGUCAGACUUGACACAUCUUAUAUUUACAUCAAUGUUGCCAUAUCUCUAAACUUAAGUAGUAACCCUCGUAUAGUGUAUAUGAAUUUAUGAUGUCAUAUAUGUAAACUAGAUAUAGGGCUAGACUGGUUCAAUAUUUUUAAAUAUACUUAAAUCCCGCGAAGUAUGUAAAAUUUUUUAUUUCCCGCAGAAUUUAACCUUGUUUUUUUAUUAAUUUAUUCGACACUUUUCCCGUGAAAUUAUAGUCAACUUUGAUUGGUUUAUAUCAUCAUCAUAAGCAUUUUAUUCGGUACAUCAAUAUGACUGUGUAUUAUGAAAAAUUGAGAGAAAUUCAAAUUAUUGAUUUGUUACAUUGAAUGGAAAUUGAAUUUUAGUGUCUUAAAUUGAUUAGGAUAAAUUUAUUGUUAUAACAUUUGUAGGGAAAAAAAUGUUGCUGUUAAAAAAAGUUGAAUAAUAGCAUAUUAUAGUCAAUUGAACCAAAAUAAAUAUAAAAAUAUCGAGAAAAAAGUUGUAGCAAGUAAGGUUUUUUGUAACAUUAGAAAAAUCACAUACAGAACAGUUAAGUUCAAUAUUUAUUCACAGGUUUUUUUACUUUGUGAAUGUUUGUAUAAUGGAUAUGAAACUAACAUAGUAAAUCGAAAAUAUAUAUUA